AAAUAAAAACAAUAUAGUUGACUGGUAAUCUAUAUCGCACAAACUAUUUUAACAAGAUAUGUAUCUCUAUUUAUAGAUUGUGAAAAUUUUAUCAGAAAAGUUAUCUAUCAACCGCAUGAUUGUUUGGCAAAACUACGACACAAUUCGACUGAUAAGCAUGUGGUUUUUUGCUUUUUCCGUUUUCAUCCUUGUUUAAAUUACUCUAUUCAUUUUUUUCGAAGGAUAUAAAAUAGGAAUCGCGUUACGUACGAACCAGCAAAUGGCUGAGAUAAUGAGAAGGAAAAAGGUGUGCGUAAUAGGAGCCGGCGCAGCUGGACUCUGCGCAGCCAGACACUUUGCGCCAAAUUUGAAUUUCGAAUUGAAAGUUUUCGAGCAAACAAAUAAUAUCGGUGGCACGUGGGUUUAUAAAGAAGCAACUGAAGUUGACGAAAAUGGUUUGCCUGUUCAUUCGAGCAUGUACCGCGAUUUAAGAACUAAUUUACCAGCGAAAAUUAUGAAUUUUCCUGACUAUCAGAGACUGAAUGCUGUAGAACCUUGUUGCGUGUCACACCAGGAAGUUCGAUCUUAUUUACAGAAUUACGCGGAUCAUUUUGAUUUAUUUAAAUACAUUCAGUUUGGGACAAGAAUAGAAUCCGUUCGAUUGCAAGUGUCAGCUGAAGGUGAAGAGGAAUGGGCUGUGCGAACAAAAAUUAUGAAAACAAAAGAAGAGAAAGAAAUUAUUUUUAAUGUUAUAAUGAUUUGUAACGGACACUAUUUUGAUCCUUAUAUGCCAAAGAUACCUGGAAUCGAAAAAUUUCCUGGUGUGAUAGUACACAGUCAUUCAUAUCGGAAACCGGAAGAUUUUUCUGGUAAGAGCGUUUUAAUUUUGGGAGCAGCUGCUUCUGGAGUCGAUAUCGCUCUUGAUUUGGCUAACCACGCAAUUCGAAUAUAUUUAAGCCAUAAUAAUGAAAGGUUAAAUAGUUCUUUACCAUCAAAUAUAAUUGAGGUGUUAGGCGUGGAGAAGAUAGAGGAAGGAAAAAUUUUUUUAAAAGAUCAAAGUUCCGUCACGGCGGACGUAUUUAUGUUUUGUACAGGAUACCGGUAUAGUUUUCCAUUUUUAGACGAAAACUGUGGAAUUCGAGUGGAUGAUAAUUUUAUAACUCCUUUAUACAAACAUUUAAUCAAUAUUGACCAUCCUACGAUGUGUAUUGUUGGAGUGCCUACUGUGGUUGUUCCAUUUCCUAUGUUUCAUAUGCAAAUACAGUAUUUCCUUGCACUAUUAGAGAAAAGAGCAAGCCUACCGACAAAAUUAAUUAUGUUGGAGAACUCGAAGUUGAAAACAUCGAAAAAAAGGCAUGCGCAUAAACUAAUGGACAAGCAAUGGGAUUACAAUAAUUCAUUAGCUGAUGCUGGAGGUUUCGAUCGUUUGCCAAAAUUCUACAAACUUGGAUACGAAGCGUGGUCAGCGCAUAGGAAAGCGAACCUCUUGAACUACAAGAGGGCCAGAUUUGUAAUAUCCGAAGAUGAAGAAAGCGUUGAACUAGUUAUACCGAAUUAAAGUGUUAAGUGUAACAGUACAGUUUUAUAAAUCUUUUGUAGUAUUGUAUUUAAUAACGAUAUUGAUUUUGUACAAAGUCAAUAACAAAUGAUUAAUUCGCUGGACCGCUUCAGAACUUCUGAUUUCGUUGUGGCUUUCGAUAGCACGGACCAGAUUAAUUAAAAUUAUUGAGCAAUUUA